AUGGCUAUGUUCACUCUUCUGUCAAUCUUCGCAACGUUCGCUUGCUUACUUCUCUUUUGCCUGCUCCGACGUGCGCGCAGGAAAAAACGUGAGGAUGAUGAUUGGACCGGUGAGCUACACCUAGGUGAGGAGGUUGAAGAACUGCCAGAGCAUGUGUUAAAGUCCUUCACCUUCUGGGCCGGCGGUUUGGCUGGUGUGGCCUCCGCCGCUGCCACCCACCAGCUGGAUGUGGCCAAAACGUUGCGACAUGUUGGCAAACCUUUGCCGGAGCACUUCUCAGAUUAUUUUGUGGGAAUGGCCAUGGGCUCCUUUGCGCAAGGCUUUCGCUUUGCCAUCACGUUGAUUCUCAACAUGACCUUGCAGAUGCUUGGAUAG